AUGUCUCAACCGCCAUACGAUUACCCCCCAUAUUUGGGCCAACCGCCCCAACACCCAUACCAAUAUGCACCAAGACCGCAUAUUCAACCUGCCUCUUCUUUCUACACAUCUCCCCAGGAGCCUAGUCCUGCUGUUGUCGCUGGCAAUCACGCUGCCAUCAACGGGUCAUUUGAGUACAAUGGGAGCAGGAUACCUGGCUUAGGUAUGAGUGUUGGCUCUAACACACCUCUGCCACCAAUGCCGUAUCGCGUUGAAUCGAAUCCAUCGCAUCCUCAGGCGCCCUACAGAGGUCGCUCUAGUCCUGGUGCGCCUAGACGACAAGAUCAAACUAUGGCCGGUCUUGGAAAAGCAACCAAGUUCGUCGCGCAGCCCUCCGCACCUACAGCGGUUCUUGUCCGUUCGAAUGAGCCUUCGGAAGAAGGCGAGUUCAGCGAAGCACAGUUCGAAGAUUUAUACGAACCUAGAAGCGUAGUUGUUGGUUUGGGUGACGGCCCAAAGCAGCAAUCCACUGCUGGCCCCAAAGAAGACUCGGCAGGCAGUGCCGAUGAUGCUGAUGGUUCUUCUAUAUAUGAUACCGGAUCAGCAAGGGAAGAGAUGGUGAUUGAUAGUACUUCAGCGUCCCAGCCUGCUGUCGACGAGGAUGACGAUUACGAACCAGGUGAGUAUGAACCAGAGUAUCAACCCAGGGAGAGGACUGGGUCAUAUUCACCACGCCUCUCGCCACAUGAAGCAAGGCCUUCCCAACAUGUGACAAAAAUAGUCGCGUCUGAAGUGAAUGGCUACGCACAGGCUCCUCAGUCCUUUUCGUCGUUUACAGCACGAGACGGCGCUUCCAAGCAGGCAACCGAGCGAACCACGAAACAAAACGGCGAGGUACCGCUGACAACGACCCAAUCUGCACAACCAGCACAAAGUCCUGACCAUAAUCAGUCCGCAAAUGUGUCUAGCCUCCCAUAUAAAUCAGUAACAGAGGCAAAGAAAAAGGCUCAAGAAGCCAUCCUAGGGCUUUGGCCGUUAAAAGUUCGGUAUCAGAACUAUCUAGAUGAAGGGCUUGAUCCACGAAUAGUCAAAUCCCUGUUUACGGACCUAGGCUUGGACACCUCAGCACCCAAGCCAGCAGUAGCAUUGUCACGUCCUUCGGCACCUGAAACUUCGAUUCACGCGGAAAAGCAGCCUGAAGCUCAAGCAUCCCCACAGUCGACGUCUCAACCCGCUUCAACGUCGGCAUCUUCAAAGCUUGUUCCAGACAAAUCGACCAGCAUUAGCGACUCGAAAACGCAAGCUAAGAAGUCUGCACAGGAGGAGCGCAAGGACAAGAUCGCACGUAUGCUUGCUGAAAAGAAGAAGAAGAAUGCAGCUCAGCCUGCUUCCACAGCUGAAGUUUCGGUUACAUCGAAACCGCUUGUGCCAGCCAUUACACCCACUGGCUCAGAGCCAUCAGAUGCUGCUAAAGUCAAGCUGAGGGCUCAGAAUAACCAAAAGAUAUUGGAGAAACUGGCCGCGCUUAAGAAGCAACAGGUCAAGAAGACUAACUCAGCUGAGCAGCCUGCACCCGCCACAGCUGCAGAGAGCAGUAAGACUCAGGAUUCCGCUGCCAUCCUAGGCGCACCUUCCACGAAACAAGCUACGGUGCCUUCUACGUCUCUAGACGCCGACGUAUCGUCUACACCCGGAGGUCCCGCAGGUCUUUCUGUUUCGUCAUCGCCUCGUUCCACACCCAAGCCUCGAAAUGUCAAGAGACCUGUCGCUUCCGAUUUCGAUGGGUAUCCUUUGAACGGUAAUACUUUCAAGCGCACCAGGACCCAAGAAACUCUGAUCAUCGAUGUUAGCGACGACGAAGACGUGGAGAUGGAUCUUGGUUCUCCGACUGAACCACCGGGUGCGGCUAUGCCAAACAACACACUUACCCGGCAGAAUUCCCUUGGUGCCUUUCCGCCGUUAACCCAUGCACGUAGUUGGCGAAGCCAGAAAUCUAGUCCUGCCACACCAGCUGUAGCAACGCCUUCUGAGCAUGGACAGAAACUCGACCUUUUAACUCUGCAGAUUCAAGAGGCUAGAAGGAAGAUUGCAGAGGCAGAGGCUAAGAAGGCGGCCUUAAAGAAACCAAAUGAACUCACUACACCUUUAGCCCAAUCGCCUGCCCGCACACCUGUACCUCCAGAAUCUUCAACACUUUCGAAACCAUCGGAUUCAGUGAAAGCUUCGAAGGUUGAGAGAUGUGAUCCAAUUGCAAGUUACCAGCUCCCUAUCAUUGAUGCUGCUCUUAGAGAGAAGCAGGACAGACUGGAGCAGCUUCGGGCUGAAGCCGUUCGGCUGGAUCUCGAGAUUCAGGCGAAAUUGAGCGAGCGACAGCAAUUGGCCAUCGAAAUGGAAGAUCUCGAGAUUGCCAGGCCCCAGGCCCCGGAAGCAGGCACAUUGGAGAAGGCUGCAAGCGAGGAGACGUCCAAUGAGAUUCUUGCUGUUCCCACUACCCAUGGCCAUGCCGCUGCCGGCGUCAACUUACAUCAACCUGACCCAGUUGUUCCAAAAUCGAAUACUACCAACCCUGAAAUGAGUAUUCCUGAGGUUGCUAACCAGGUUGAACACGCCCAGGCAAUGGACGAAGCCACAGAAUCCUCACCCGAGAAUACAAACAUGGACAUUGAUUCAGACUCAGACUCGUCUAGCGUUACCGAUGCUUCUGACAAUGUCGCUACGGCCAUUCAAGAAGCCAUCGUCCAGACAGAGCCUCCUAGCAAUACCCGGGUUGAGUUUGAUAUGCCUCAAACCGAAGCAUCUACCAGAACUGAUUCUCUCUCGUCCCCGCAAAGUACAAACGGAGAGGGCAGCGGCUCGAACAACGAUUCUGCGGUGGAAACUGGUAAUGCUGGUGGUGAUCCAGUGCCUGUGGAUGUGGAUGUGCCAAUGCAAAUAUCGGAUGCAGAAGACGAAGACAGCUACGAGCCUGCGCCCAUGCAGAUAUCUGAUCAUGACCCCGCUCACGUCGCGCGUGAAGGAGAGGUUGCCGAUGAAGAGCCUUACGAGCCGAGCCCUGCUCAGCUUGUCCAGCCAGCUUCGCAUGCAGAGCCACGUCCCAGGGCUGCCGAAGCCAUACCUCCUAGUACAUUGUCCGCCAGCGAUCUUUUAUCGUAUGAGAGUCCUUUACGGUACUUUCAUGCUUACAAGUUCCACCCCCAAUAUAUGGAGAGUGUGCCCGGAGGCCUGAAGUCCAUGACUUACAGUUCCAGAAUUGAUGCUACCCGUCCCAUCUGCCCCUUUUUGAUUGAUGGUGGUGAGUGCCCUAAUGGGCCUGGCUGCGAAUUUCAGCACUUUGAUACAAUGAUGCGAUCUGAUUCCGAUAUCAUUCAAGAGCUUGGCUCAACAGACUUGUACACAGGCGAGCAAAAAGACCAGUUCAUUGAUGGGCUCAAGAAGGUUUUGGCGAAUCUGAAAAGAAAGAAGCUCAAGGACUUCGACAGCAUUUCGAGAGCUCUGGUUCAGUACCGCUCUGAUUUUCUAGGAGACAAGAGCAAGGUGCUGCCUCUCAAGGACGUUGUCAUUUAG